AAAGGCAUUUACGGGUCCCGUUAGGUCAUUUGGUCACUGAAGACUGCGGCAAAAGUGUUGCUUUUGUCUUUACUUGCACACAAAUGUAAUAGAGGGAGGUUAUGGCAGUUUCAGAAGAGCAAAACACUCAAGAUUAUAAUACACAAACAAUUUGCAAAGUAUUUGCAUGUAUAAUAGUGACUGAGUUUAUUCUAAAAAUACAAAAUUGGCUAUUUUAAACAUGAUGAAACCAAAGCAUAAGAUUGAGUCAGAAAGCCGUGCAUUAUGACCUAAAAGCGUCUCGUAAGUAAGUCUUUGCAAACUACAACUGAUCCCAAAUCAGAUUUUUCGCUCAAGUGUGUCCUCUUGCUAAAACUUUAUGCACUGAGCUCAGAUCAGUUGACUGCCUCCCGUUCCAAAAAGGGGAUGUCCCGCCUCCCACCGUCCCCACAAAAUCCAUUUGACUAUCCCAUUCCCACUUCGAGAAAGUUCUUCUCUGCGGGUAUAUAGAGAGGGAGUUUUUGCCCGAGCGGAACCAUCCACAGGACACAACCGAGAGGACGAACCCUGCAGAUCUUUGCCAGAAUGAAAAUCACAGACAACAAAAGAUCUCAAGGCCGUUACAGCUACAGAAAAACAGGAUGUGGGUGAGCAACCUCGUAGCUCUUUGCCUGCUGGCUCUCGCGGCCUCUGCUGAGGACAAGAAACUGAGCGGUCAUGCUUCCACGAUGGCCGACAAGAGCGCCAACCUGGCCUUCAGCCUCUACCACAACAUGGCGAAGGUGAAAGAGACGGAGAACAUCCUGAUCUCGCCCGUGGUGCUCGCGUCCUCGCUGGGAAUGGUUGCCCUCGGGAGUAAAUCGUCCACCGCCUCGCAGGUCAAAACCCUGCUGCACGCCGACAAACUCAAGGAUGAGCAUCUGCACGCGGGCCUGUCCGAGCUGCUCUCAGAGGUGAGCGACGCCAAAACUCGCAACACCACGUGGAAGAUCAACAACCGCCUGUACGGGCCCAGCUCGGUGGCCUUCGCCGACGACUUUGUGAAGACCAGCAAGAAGCACUACAACUACGAGCAUUCCAAAAUAAACUUCCGCGACAAGAGGAGCGCCGUGAACUCCAUCAACGAGUGGGCGGCCAAGUCGACGGGCGGCAAGCUGCCCGAGAUCACCAAGGAGGUGGUGAACACCGACGGGGCCAUGAUUGUCAACGCUAUGUUCUUCAAACCUCACUGGGAUCAAAAGUUCCAUGAAAAGAUGGUUGACAACCGUGGCUUCCUGGUGACUCGAUCCUUCACUGUUGCAGUUCCCAUGAUGCACCGCACAGGUCUGUACGACUUCUACGAAGACAAGCAGAACAGUCUCUACAUUCUGGACAUGCCUCUGGGCCAGAAGCAGGCCUCCAUGAUCCUCAUCAUGCCUUACCACCUGGAGCCCCUGGGGCGCCUGGAAAAACUGCUGACCAGGCCACAGGUGGAUGCCUGGCUCGGCAAGAUGGAGAACAGGGCCGUGGCCAUCUCGCUGCCCAAAGUGUCUUUGGAAGUCAGCCACAACCUGCAGAAACAUCUGGCUGAGCUCGGCCUGACGGAGGCGGUGGACAAGGCCAAGGCGGACCUGUCCAACAUCUCCGGAAAGAAAGACCUGUACCUCUCCGACUUCUUCCACGCGUCCGCCCUGGAGCUGAACACCGAAGGGAAUCCGUUCGACACCACCAUCUUCGGCUCCGACAAGCUGCGGGACCCUAAGCUUUUCUACGUGGACCACCCUUUCGUUUUCCUCGUGAAGGACAACAAGACAAAGUCCAUCCUGUACAUCGGCCGCGUGGUUCGACCCAACGGAGACAAGAUGCGCGACGAGCUAUAAUGGUCCUGUCGGGAGUAGCUUUAUAUUGUGAAACUAUGUCAAGAAAACUGUUUUUUUUUUUCUUUUUUUUUUUUUCUAGUGUUACCUCAGGAACACAUUCCAAAAAAAAAAGCAGACUGUGGACUGAACAUCUGAACUUUUGAAACACACUCCCUUGUUUUGAACAUUUUUCUCCAUGUUUGAGCCUCAGUGAGAUUUUUUCUUGCUUAUAUUAAGUGUGACUUCUCUCUCCCUCCCCCUCUUUCUCUCGCAGACUGUUAAUAACGCCGGCAUAAUUCAAGCAAUGAUCCGUUGGUGCUUUCUUCCAUUAUCUUUAAUGUUUAAAGAGCUUGUUUGGCAGUUCUUUUGAAAAAAAUGAAACAAAAACAACCCCUUCAAAACACAGCACACCGUUUUUAUCUUCCCGCCUGCACUGAAUAUUACAAACUAAGCUUGCAUGUCAAAUGUUUGGGCUUAAUUUAUGCUCCAAUGCACACUCAACCUGUUUAUAGCUGUCCACAAAAAUGCUGCUGGAAUUGUGUGAUUAUGAACAAAUGUCUUUUCUUUUUCAAUAAAAAAAAAAAUAA